GAAUCGCCUGCCUGCAAUCAGUCUGCAGGCAGUAACAAGUUAGGUGAGUUCGGAACUCCCACCUCUCCUCAUCCGUAUAACGCGAACAGCUCGCUUGCAGAUAAAAAACUGACAGCAUCGACAACGACCCUCUCGGAUAAAGAUCCACGCGACAUUAGCAACAACGGCUUCAAUCGCUUCGACCCAAAAUAUGUCAGUAUCGGCCCGAAGGCGAUACGGAAUGUCGGGAGCCAGAUGACGGCCAAUGUGAACAAGUGUGCCACACUGCGGCACGGAGGUCGCUACGGAGGUUCCCUAACGGUUGGAGUUGCUGGCGGAGGACGGGGCACUAGUCCAAGUCCACUGCUGAAGAAUGUCCAGCAGCCAGUAGUGGCGCAAGGUCAAGGACACUUCAAGCAUCCUCAACAGCAGCACAUCCAACUACAGGAUAAACCGGAUCGCCAGACAUCGAAUCAACAGAAGCAGUUAAACAUCUCCACCGUCUCCAAAGACUACAAAGACUACAACCAAUCGUACUCAUGUGCUACACUACCGUACAAGAAACCCAGCGGAUUCUCAGAAGCAGGAACCACAUCGAUUCUGAAAAAGGAGAGUAAUCUGGACAACAAACACCAGCCAACUGUCUACAGCAUCGACACCGUCUACCAUCAGCAGGCAGGUCAACCAACACAACAGCAUCAUCGCUCGCUGUCCAGCACCAAUCAGCUGUAUCACGAGACCGGAGCAGGAUCGGCAUUCGCUAGCCCACCACCAUCGUCCGCAUCGACGGCCACUACCAAGAGCAAUAUCUCAAUUAUCAACCAACCACUGCCAGAGAUUCCGACGUCGGCUCAGAACAUGAAGAACAAUCAACAACCGCUUUGUGCAGCCACUCUGAACCAAUACCGGUCCCUACAGCGACCGAAUAAGCAGAGCAGUCUCACCAUGAAAGAACCUUCGCCUCAACCCCAGCAUCAUCCGCCCCCGCAGAUUCAACAGAAGCCGUCGAUACCGCCUAAGGUAACUCCACCGAUGCUUCCGCCGAAAAACCGUCACAAAGACGACGUCACCUAUCAGUCCCGGACCGCAUCCGUUUCCUCCACCAACAGACCUCAGCAACCAUUACCUCAACCUCCCUCGCACCAGUCGUCUUCAUCGUCGUUACAAUCUUACGGUGGACUUGGCGGAGGCCACACCAUCAUAACUGCCAGUGGAAAGACGAACUUCAGCGCCAUUCAGCAGCAGCUGCAAAACCAAUUACACUUUAAGCAAUACCAUCAGCUGACACAGCAACCCUGGCAGCGGGAACAGCUGUCCGGUCAUAGCACUGGCUAUCAACAGCAGCAACAUCAGCAUCAGCAGCAGCAGCAGCAGCAGCAGCAACAACAGCAUGCCGGGUACACUGGCCAUGGCGAGCGUGGAUACGAGUCAAAGUCCAGCCGAAAUCGGUCUUACUCUGGCAGCAGCGAACGCGAGCAACAGCAGCAACAGAAAGCGAGCAAUAUCGAAAAGCAGAAGCAAAGCUAUCAGACACUGCCGAAGAAUCAUCACCACUAUCAUAGUGGGCCGGGUGCGAACACGAGCUCCUUUAGCACGCAAACACCAUCACAGCAAGCGAUGCCGCAUCAUCACCACUAUUCACAGCAGCAGCAGCAGCAGCAGCAGCAGCAACAACAGCAACAACAACAGCUGCUGCAACAGUCACAGCAAGCUGUGACUCAGCAGGCACCGCAGCAACCGAAAAGUAUUCUGAGCAAAUCACGAUCGAAUGAGUCACGUGAACGAGAGCGUGAACGGGAAAGGGACCGGGACCGUGAUCGUGAUAGGGACCGAGAUCGGGAUCGGGAUCGUGAUCGCGAUCGCGAUCGGGACCGAGACCGGGAAAGAGGUGCACAUCGCAGUGGUCACGGUAGUCACGAGUACCACCACGAGUCCCGUGCGUCGGAGAGCAGCAAGAAUCCGAACGUCUACUAUCGAUCGCUGCAGCGCGGUGGACUACAGGCCAACAAUGAUCUCUACUCGGUGACGGAGUUGUGAGAAAGGUUUGACUUUUAAGUUUGUUUCUUAGAUGUGGUUUGGUUUCCUGCAUCCUACAAGGGCUUGGCCAUGUUUUCGUCUUCUAUUGUGGCGUAACGAAAGUCCUCCAUCCGGUGAUUGCCACUGCUUUGUUUUCGUUACAUUACUAGUCAACCACCGCAAGCCCUUUUCAGUUCUGAUGAUGAAGCAUUUUCGAACUGCUCUUGCAAUUGAUCACACUCUAUCAACGGAUCGCAGCCGAAGGCGGCGGGUGUAUUAGUUCAAUUCGUUCGUGAACUCUUUCCGAAUUACGGGUGAUAAUUUUUAUCGAUCUCAAACGGUCUUCUAAUUUCCCCGCCACCGAGCGAAGCGAUUUUUAUUGACCAGCAACAAAAAAAAGAGGCGAAACGAAAACAAUACGUAACCAAACAGAAUUAACACUCAACACACACUCUCACACAUAGAUACAAACAAACGAUCAAACAAACAAACAAAAAAACCAACCAAACAAAACUCUGAGCUCAGCUGCACUAUAACAGCACAUUUUGUAAAUAGUUCUAACUAGGAGACGAACAAAAACAAAACAGAAAAAAAACAAUGUUUUUACGUGAAUUUUAGAUCCGCUAAUAAACAUUUCACACAAUUUGAUGAAACGAUGAUAUACUAAAGUAAUAAUACUACAGAAGUAAACAGAAAAAAAAACUUAAAACUAGGAGAAAAACACGCACACACCCAAGCACACCACACAGGGCGCGCGGGUGGUGUCGACCCGAGGAGACGAGGGCGAACCGAGCGAACCGAUUUGUUGUUAAUGUUACUGAUACUCUUCAUAGUAUAGACAAAAAAAAUUUGCAUAAAAGCAAAAAAACAGAAUUAGGUAACACGAAACCGAGAACAUAAAAGAUUAGUGAAAGUCAUCACACAACAACAAAAAAAAAACAAUUGCUAGUGUUUAGGGUGAUCUUUAAAAAGGUUUUAAUGCCAAUCAUUAAAAAACAAGAAAAAGGAAAAUGAAAGCAAAGACAACUUUUUUUGAUAAUUACAACACAGCUUUGAGCCGUGUUCUGCUAUUGAUUUUUCUGCUUUUAAAAGCAGAAAGUGUACUCUACCUACGUGUGUUUCUACGGUAGUGGGACACUUAAAAACGACCGUUUUAGUUGAUGUUUUUCGGUUAGUUUAUUCCGAAAAGGAAUAUUUUGUCCAUUACUUUGUAUAUAAUUUGUUUUGAGUUAAUAUUGUAGGUUUUAUUUUCAGCUGGUUCGCGACUGUUUUCUUUUAAUCGUGGCAACAAGACUUCAGUUGGCUGCGAAAUCCGCAGAAAACCCGAUUCACAGCUCCAAUUCGUCGUAUUACUUCGUGGCUUACUGAAAGGCCCUAAAGCCUCUUUCACUGCUCUACAGUUGAUUACGAUGAUAUCGACGACAUCCGCAAAAUCAAGAAAAAGUAAGGUCAUGGGUAUAAACGUCCUUAAGAAUUUGACUCUUCUUUACCGACAGACUUCGCAGCUGGUUAUUAGAGUACAGGAAAAUUACGGGACUAGUGUAAAGAUCCUAUUAACUCUAAAGCGGCACCGCCCAGUCGAGAUUCGAACAUACGAAGACUGGCUUGUUAGACCAGCAUCGUACCUCAGAGCUAACUGAGCGGGCUAACCAAGAAGCAUGUGCGAUUUUGUGAUGAUAGUCCUGUUCCUUUCCACGUUUGCUCUUCAUAUUGCACCUUUCAAGGCAAUGAUGAAUAGCAGAUUAGAGAAUGCAUCCCUUUUCUUCAGUCCAUCCAACGUCACGAAAGCGGCAGAGGUCAGACCCGCUAUUCUGACACAUGAUUUGGACCCAUCCAGCGUCGCACGAAUCAGCUCAACUAGUUUCGUUGAAAAACCAUGUUCUAGCAUUAUCUGCCACAGCUCAUUUCAUUUGACUGAAUCGUACCCUUGCCUUAAAGUCCACAAAAAGGUGAUGUGUCUGCAAGUUGUACUCCCGGAACUUGUCUAGUAACUGAUCCGUCUGAUUCACCGUGGAGCGACCAUCAAGCUCGUACUCGGUACUCGUUGACGAAGGACCCCGCUAACCUCCUCAGUAUACAUAACAGGAUACAGGAGAGCACAAUAUAGUCAGAAUUAAGCAAUGUAAUACCUCAAUAAUUAAAGUACUCGAAUCGAUGUCCAAUUUUUAAAUAUAGGGCAAAUAAGGCCAUUUAACCACUACUCCUUGGGUAGUUGUUCUUCCUUCCAGAUCCUUUAUUUCUUUAUUUAUUUUAUAUCAUCUAACAAAAUUUGUCUUAAUGAACUAACAUAAAAAUUAAAAUGAACUGGAUCUGGUAAUUUUAUACAAGCGCGAAGGUGCGCCAAAUAGGGACCGUGCAAGGGAACAGUACAAGGCAUUCAAAAAAUAAGGGCCUUUGAAGUCCUGUCCUAUUUUUGUGAUGAACCCAAGUUGCGUACUUGCUUAAGAAACAAUUUCCGUUCGGUGCCUAUCAAACGUCAUAACACCAAGGAUGUUUAACAUAGUCGAUUCUGUCUUACGCUUGCCUAUCAAUACUAUACUCAACAAUAAUGAGCGAUCGAAUUCGGUGAAGUGUAAUCAUCUUACACUUAGUAAUGCUCGAUGCAACGAAUCGUCAGUUAGAUCUUUAAGUCAUCGGCGUGAGCUAGACGGCAACAAUUUCCUAUGGCAUUUGCUGCUUCAUUGAAAAAAACGUUGAAAAGGAGAGGGCCAAACGUGCUACCCUGCGGUACACUUAAUUUGUUUGUAAAUGUAGGUGAUAAAUCCGAUGCAAGCUUAACUUGCAGCACUCUAUCACACAAGAAUGAUUUUAGCCACGUUACAAACCGCUGUGAAGCUCCCAAACGUAAAGUUUUAUUAAGCAGGAAUUCGGUGGAAUGCAAUUUUCAGGUCUGUAUAGAUUACAUCGACUUGUGCUUUAUGUUCAAUAUCUCGAAUGCAGUUUGACAUAAAAUCGAGGAGGUUCGUUGUCACGCAACGACCAGGCAUAAAUCCAUGCUGAUCCAUGAAGAUAUGUAGUUCCUCGUACUACUUAACAUAACAGCGCUUACAAUCAUUUCGAACAACUUGGAUGCAGUCGAUAAACUGGUAAUUACAUGGUAUUUUCGUACAUUAUGACGGUUACCACUCUUAUAAACCAGGAAUAUAUACGAAUAUUUCCAGACUUCAGGGAAUCUUCCUUUCGAUAACGAUUCGUUGAAAACGCAGCAAAGUGGCGCAGCCAGAAUAAUAAUACUCAGGUGGAUUGGACCUCCGUGUUUAUCUCUCCAUCCAACAGCGUCCAGAAAUGCUCCUUCCUUCUGGCUGCCGUUUGUCGGUCGUUUUGUCGGUAAGCAGGUUGCCAGCACUAUCACUGUGCAUAACAGGCUUGGCAAAAUUCUUGCUGAAGCUCCGUCUGCCAUUGCUGGCUGCUCACUGUUCAAACUUUUUGGCGUAUUCCACUACCACACCAUCUGCCGGCGGAUGUUGAAACGUAGCAUCUUCUCAGUGCGAGUAUUCGCCGCGUUCGCAAACUUAGCGCGAAUCUUACACACGAUAAGAUAGUGGUCAGAGACGAUAUUUGGCCACCGAAAAGACCGUACAACGAUGAUAUCCGAAAAAUGCCGAACGUCAAUCAAGAGUUGAGCGAUUUGAGAGCUAGAGAUGCUACAGAUGGCCACGGCAAAAUUUAUGACUCUCAGACCGUUAUCAAUGAUCAACAGAUGGAGGCUAUGACUUCCGAUGACAGGAUGGAAGAAUGAUGAUUUUCACGUCAUGCUUUUGGGCACUCUCGAGUUUGUCGUAGAACUACUAAGCUUACUAGCACCGGUUUUAACAUUUAUCGGUAGACGUAGGCGUUGAUUAGGCUGUAGUUGAAGAAUUUGACCUCAAUUUGCAAUUGUGGAGAUGAAACUAAGCAGGCGUGCGGAUUUUAAUAUCCAAGUGGCAUGGUGUAAGGGAAUUUGUUAGUCUACACUCAAAAUAAUCCGCACAUAACUAAUGGAAAAUUUCCAUAUGAAAAGGCGAGGCGGGUCUUUAGUUAAUGUAAAUGAGUGCCAAUCCCGCUGCUUCAUAUUUAAAAGGCUUUAGAGUCUCUUUCACAGUUCUGCGGCCAAUCCCGAUGAUAUCAAUGUCGUCCGCAAAACCAAAUAACAUUCCUAACCACAGUUCUUACACGGUAGUUGCUGUGACUGAUAGAUGACUAAUACUAGUUGUAGAUAAGUGGUUCGUGUCAAGCACUAUCAUAUAUUUCGUCUUGGAUAACUUCAGGUACAGCAAAUUUUGUUAAAGAAAUCUUGGAGCUUAACCAAAUCUUCUUCCAUUCGACGAAUUAUGUUUUCCUUGCUUGGACUCUCGUACGAUAACGAAGUAUCGUCAGCAAGCAAUCGAGGUUUUCCGUGUGGGUUAAGUCUAAAUAAAUCAUUUACGUAUAGAAGGAAUGACAGCGACCCAAGAUUGCUACCUUAUGCGAACACCAAUCGUCAAUGGACGCAGAAAACUAUUUAUCCCGCUUGCGUUGACAGAUGGACUUCUCCCAGAAAGCCAGUUGCGCGGAUCAAAUCAUUUGGAAUCCCUCUCAAAAAUCUCAUGGUCGAUAGUGUCGAAUAAUUUCCUUAAAUCAAAAUAGAAUAAUCCUAUAAGCUUCCUGGAAUCUAAACGCAAAGCAAAGCAAAGCCUGCGUGCUAAUUCCGUUAUCGAAAUUUGACCUUCUGUUUUUAUACGACAGACUUCGCAACCAGCUGUUAGAAUACAGGACAGUGCGGGGUCAGUGCUACGAUCCUAUUGACUCUAACAGCCUCUCCCAGCCGAGAUUUGAACAUACGGCGACUGGAUUAUUAGACCAGCGUCGUACCUCGAGGCACCUGUUCCUGGAAACUAUUGCUGUAUAAAUCUCGUCAACUAGCUUACUGACUGUGGUCAGUGUACUGAAACCUGUCCUGAACCCAUGUUGGUGACUGUAUAGGAUUUUGUGAUCAUUUAGGAUAUCAGUAACCUAUUUGCAAGCAUUUUUUCUAUUAUCAAUAUUCAAGACCGAAAGUAUAGAUAUUGGUCUGUAGUUAUUGACGUCAAUUUUGGAUCCACCUUUGUGAAUAGAAGUUACUCGUGCUACUUUCAAACAGUCCGCGAAAGUUCCCGCACUUAUUGAUUGGUUGGCAGCAUUCCUCAUCAAUGUUGAGAAAGUCUAAUGAUGAUCCCUUAUGAAUUUUACGGAUACGUCAUCUGGUCCACAACUUUCGUUUGCGUCUAAGUUUUUUAUUUCGAUUAAACCCUCUUGCUCUGUUGUGGGUCACAGGAAAAUCAAAGCAUGUUACUAGAAAUCGAAUAUCAGAUAUUAAGGUCUUGUUAGCUAGUACUGCACUAAUUUCAUAGAUUCAUUUUUUGUACUUUUGUCUCACGUAAAACGUACUAUUGCCCCGCUACUAGCCACUAGUGGGGCAAAAGCGCGAUUUGGCACUUGAUCAGAAAAAUGAAGAAUUUGUUGUGCAUUACUCCACAUGGUUUAUAAAUGAACUACUCGCGUCUUAUCGAGAGCGACUCGGAGGUACCCAACUACGUUACUGAUGCUUGUCCUAACUGCAAUCUGGCAUAAUUGGUUUGAGUCUUCGCUUGGUGUGAUUUUUAUCACGAAAAUAUGGUGCCCUGUCCAGGUUCCUGGUUUGGCUUGCAGACGAAA